AUGCCACCACCCAAACGGAAACCCUUCAGCACAUCGCUCCAGCCCCCACCAGGACGCAAUCUCACCCUUCCAACGCCAUCCAACCCGCAACCGGAUACCAACCCCGCCAUAUUCAACGACGCCAUGGCUGUCCGCCUCCCAGUAUUCGUCACGGAACAGCAAUGCUCCGCGGAUGCCGAGAUCGACUCGGACGACGCGCACAGCUGGCACUGGGUGAUUUAUCACCACUCCGAGAUAAGUGCAAGUACACACACAACCAAAAAGCCGGUGGCGGUUAUCCGACUUGUGCCACCACCACACGCACCGCAUGAAGUCCUAAUGCAGCCGGAAAGGGCAGCCAGUCUACCGGAGUUUGAUCUGGAGCAUGAGCCAUGCGUCAAGAUCACUCGUGUAGCGGUGUUACCGGAGUACAGAGGGUACGGGCUAGGAAAGGAGUUGGUGGAGACAGUAUUAGCAUGGACGAGGGAAAAUGCAAGUGAGAUUGAUCGCGCAUACGUAGAUAGGUCUCAGGGGAGUUCUCGGCGGUGGAAGGGCUUGGUCCUUGUGCAUGCGCAGGUGCAGGUAGAAAAACUAUACGAGCGGAUGGGAUUUACGAGGGAUGACUUGCUGGGUAGGUGGGAUGAGGAAGGGAUUCAGCAUGUUGGGAUGUGGCGGCGGGUUCAUGUGAAAAGCGAUUAG